AAUUAAUAAUUACAUCAUCAAACUCAUUUGUUGCUUGAGGUGUACACUGUAAGGCAAUGAAGAAGGACGUGCAGAUCAACUCAACGAGAAAAACUUCAUACAAUGUGAAACCGGAAGCAACUCUUGUGCUGCAUUUACAGACAAUGAUCAACAAGAGAUGAGGGAUGUAUAUAGAAAAUAUUGAAAUGAAAAGCAGGCUUGUGGAGAAUAUGGCUGAAAAUGAUAUUUCUUUUAAAAGGUGAUGUUGAUUCUAACAGUGUUGCAGAAGGAGAAGUGGAUUUGGAAGAAGAGCAUGUUUGUGCUUUAGAAGAGAUUAGCAUAUUGAAAAAGGAAAGGUCACAACAGUUGAAAGAUGCAGAAGCCAAAAAUUAGAUUAUCACUAAUUUGAACGUUGAACUUGAAGAAGGUAAGUUUGCAGGCUCAAAAAGGUCUUAUAUGGUCUUAAAUAGGCCCCUAGGGCAUGGUAUUCCAGACUUGAUCAGCAUCUUCUACAACAGGGUUUUCACAGAGAUACUCUGCUGCACUUGACUCCUUGAAGGAAAAUGAUGGCCUGAUCAUUUGUUUGCAGUUAAAGAACUGCCAAAUUAAUGAUGAGAGACUCUUUGAGUUGUUCUCAGCUAUGGAACAUAGUGAAACAGUAACAUCAAUAGAUCUGUCAGACAAUUUGAUUACAGAUGAUGGCGUUUUGUUUUUGUCAAAGCUUUUAAGAGGAGGAGGAAUCCAGAGUUUGAUUUAUUUAGAUGUGCGAGGGAAUCUAAUCACUAGCAGAACAUAUGAAUUACUUGAUGAAAUUCAGCAUGUUCGCAAGAUUUUGAAGAUCUAUUAUGAUUCAGAUAUCUCAAGUGAAGGACUUUCUGGUUUAGAUGAGGAUGUUGGCACAGAAAGAGCAAUCAAUUUUCGCAGCAGAUGGUCAGCUGCGUGUACUGAUAAUGGUGAUAACUGGCUAUUAUCAAAAUCAAGGAUUUGUGAUCAAAGUGUUUUCAGUCUCAAAGACAAGGUACAAUCUGCUGUUGGAGUUCUAAAAUUCAAAGAAACUCUUGAUACCUUGAGAUUGGCUGCCAUGUUAAAAGAAAUUUCAAUUUUAGUGUCCAAUGAAGUUUCUCUGGAAAGGCAGAAUGACAUUUCAAGGCCAGCUCGAAUUCAAUAUUCUGAGGGCAUAAAAUCUUUGGUGGAUAAUUUCCGAUUCUUCAUCUCUGCACUAGAUUUGAAUUCCUCACAAGGGGAUAUAAGAGGCCAAGGUGCUGGAUUACAUCGAAUUGCUCUAGCUGAACUUCUUUGUGUUGUUAAUUUGCAUUGUGGGCCACUGGUGGAGGAUGAUAUUCUUUCUAGUGGUGUUUUGACAAAGAUGUUGAAGCUUUUUUGUGACUUUCCACAGAACAGCAUAUUGCAUUGUGCUGUUUUUCGCUGUUUGCAGGCCAUUUUGUCAGGGUCAAGCACAACAGUUUUCUGGCAUCUUUUAAAAGACGCAUGCUUACCUUCUUUUCUAGCAAGGGAAGGAACCAAAUGCUCUGCCCUUCUUCAGGGAAGACGUCCUAGCUAUAGUGGUCACAUAUUUGUUCUUUCAAGAACUUUGAAAGAUCUAGAAGAAAACGAUGAAAGAUUGAAGGCUUUUCUCAUGGAGAACAUGGAAUGGCAAUCGUAUGUUGUUCAAGAUGGACCUUUUCAGAAAUUGCAGGCAGAGCAGUCAGGUGAUCUUUGUGGACCUAAGCCUGUUCUUCCUCGCUUGGUUACAAAUUUCCUCCAGAACCCAACAAGAAAUCUUGUUCAGGUUAAUCAGUUCACUGUCUGAAGAGGUGUUACAUUUAUUAUGAUGUCUCAUUUUCAAAAAAAGUUGCUGUUUUCCAAGAAAUUAGUCUGAAUAUUUCUGUUCCAUUUCCAUACUGGAUUUAAAUUGAAUUGAUUAUUUAUCAACAGUUAAUUUAAUUGAAGUGGAUGCACCCUAAGCAAAACAAGUUUGUAGAAGCAUUCAUAGGGAUCUCUUCAUUUUGUCUGUUUGUUGUCUGGGAGAGGAGACAAGAAAUAGCAGGGAUGUGGGAAAGGUAAUGGGUGAUUUCAUUUGGUUACUGCAUUAAGUUGUUUUGGGUGAGAUUAAGGUACCAUUUACUUUGGGGCUCAUUUCGAGUGGCAAGGAACUGACCAGAACUUUAAAUUAGGCUUAGGGUUGUAAGACAUUUCAUUUGGCAUCAUAAAUAAAGGUAUUGAAGGAAGUAUAUUUUAAUGAAAGUA